AAACCCAAAGCCGACUCCACACCCACCCCCGCAGCCGGCCUUGAGGCAGUCUCGGACCCAGAGCCGACUCCACACUCCGCCCCACAACCAAUCCCGAAGCAGACUCGGCCCCCGCAGCCGAAUCCACACUCAGCCCCAGAGCGGACCCCGGCCGGCCCCGCCAUGGAGCUCGAGGAGGACUUUGAUAUGUUGGAUCCAGAGAGGUUAAUCCAGUGCCCCCUGGUUAAACACCACUGGAUCAGAGCGCGGAGGUUUCCCUAUCACCUGGUGAAGUGUAAGGAGAGCAACCCUGAAAUUGCAAAGAAAUUGGCCACGUGUCCCUUCAACGCUCGUCACCUCGUUCCUCAGGCUGACCUCAGCAACCACAUCAUGAAGUGCAAUGACAAAGCCUUUGUGGAGCAAGAUGUGGUGAGCCGAUCCUGCGAGUCCUCACAGGAGCAGCUGAAUAAUGGGAGCACAUGGCAGGCACCUCCAAGUGCUGAAGACUGGGAAACAGACUUGCUGGAGGGAUCUGAGUCUACUUUUGUGUGGGGUGUGAUCAACUCUGCCAUGAACAGCCCCAUCAGUGACCAGAACAACUCGUUGCCCUCCCGGAUACGGCCCCCUGAGACCCUCCCAUACAGCGUGUCUGCAGGCCUAAUUCGGAGUAUUAGUUCCUCCCCUUGGAAUGCAGUUUUUCCCCAGCAGUAAGUGUCUCCCUGGUUUGGACAGAAGAGCUCCUGCAGAAGACAGACAUGCUCUGGACCUGAUGGCAGGACUCUCUACACCUGGCUUUUGUUGCCUGAUAUAUUUCUUAUAACAUUUGAAUAUGUGGAACUGUCUUUGGUUGGGAGAUGUUUCCCCCAACCACUUGUUUUAAAAGUUACCCUCACCUUUACUUGAUGAAUUUCGUUACUGUUUUUGAAAAAAUAGACUGAUAAAUGUACAGAGAAACCUUCCUAGCCCAACCCUGGGUCAUGGUGGCUCCCUGUGAACAGGAAAAACAUCAUAAUUGCCAAGCCUCUGUUUUUUGUAACAAGAAAACUUAGAAGUAUUUUACUGUGCGUGCACAUCUUGUUUUUAUUUUGUUGGAGUCUGAGUUUGUCCCCUCAGAGUAUGACAAGCAUUCAGGUUGGGUUUUAAACUGUGCUGACAUUUGCAGAGACUGCUUUGAGAGCAUCCUGACCUUAACUUUUGCACCUUCACACCUUCAGCUUUGCCUUUGUCACCUUAGGCCUUACCUUUGUCUCCUGUGUGUUGAGGGACUUCCCCAGGCAGACCUUAACAGAGAAUCCUCUGCAAGUUUUUGCAUCACACAACUCCAAACAGGGGAAGUUUCAGGAGGACACUGAGGUGCUUUUUCCAGUUUCCAUUCGAGUUUUGCAGUUUUCUAAUGCUUGAAACAUGUUUGAGAGCUCUCAGGUACCUGUUCUGUAUUGGGGGAGGAAGGGAGUAGGAAUGGUUUAAAUCAGUAAAAAUGUGUGUUUGGGACUGAAAAUAUUCACAUCAAGCAGUCUAUUUCUAAACAUGCAAAGUACAAAAUGGGAUCUAAAUAUACAACCGUAAAGAAUUAAGAAGCCAGACAUGAUGUUUGUCUAGAAAGAGAUUAAUGCCUUCAUAUUUUUCCCUAAAAACUGGAUUUCCACCAUCUGUAUACUACCACUAGAAAAUAAUACAUGUUGACUUGAAUGUGCAAAAUUAAUAUUCUUUUAAAGUUCUGUCAACUUAUGUCAAGUUCUUGUUAGCAAUUUAGAAUAAAAAUGUUUUAAA